AUGGGACCAGACUCUCGGAGGGUCAGGAUCCUAGGGAACAAACUCAUGGAGGGACAAGAUCACAGGGAACAAACUCAUGGAGGGACAAGAUCACAGGUAACAAACUCAUGGAGGGACAAGAUCACAGGGAACAAACUCAUGGAGGGACAAGAUCACAGGAAUCAAACUCAUGGAGGGACAAGAUCACAGGGAACAAACUCAUGGAGGGACAAGAUCACAGGAAUCAAACUCAUGGAGGGACAAGAUCACAGGAAACAAACUCAUGGAGGGACAAGAUCACAGGGAACAAACUCAUGGAGGGACAAGAUCACAGGGAACAAACUCAUGGAAGGACAAGAUCACAGGGAACAAACUCAUGGAAGGACAAGAUCACAGGGAACAAACUCAUGGAGGGACAAGAUCACAGGGAACAAACUCAUGGAGGGACAAGAUCACAGGGAACAAACUCAUGGAAGGACAAGAUCACAGGAAACAAACUCAUGCAAGGACAAGAUCACAGGGAACAAACUCAUGGAGGGACAAGAUCACAGGGAACAAACUCAUGGAAGGACAAGAUCACAGGAAACAAACUCAUGCAAGGACAAGAUCACAGGGAACAAACUCAUGGAGGGACAAGAUUACAGGGAACAAACUCAUGGAGGGACAAGAUCACAGGGAACAAACUCAUGGAGGGACAAGAUCACAGGGAACAAACUCAUGGAGGGACAAGAUCACAGGAAACAAACUCAUGGAGGGACAAGAUCACAGGGAACAAACUCAUGGAGGGACAAGAUCACAGGAAACAAACUCAUGGAGGGACAAGAUCACAGGGAACAAACUCAUGGAGGGACAAGAUCACAGGAAACAAACUCAUGGAGGGACAAGAUCACAGGGAACAAACUCAUGGAGGGACAAGAUCACAGGAAACAAACUCAUGGAGGGACAAGAUCACAGGGAACAAACUCAUGGAGGGACAAGAUCACAGGAAUCAAACUCAUGGAGGGACAAGAUCACAGGGAACAAACUCAUGGAGGGACAAGAUCACAGGAAACAAACUCAUGCAAGGACAAGAUCACAGGGAACAAACUCAUGGAGGGACAAGAUCACAGGAAACAAACUCAUGGAAGGACAAGAUCACAGGGAACAAACUCAUGGAGGGACAAGAUCACAGGAAACAAACUCAUGGAGGGACAAGAUCACAUGAAUCAAACUCAUGCAAGGACAAGAUCACAGGGAACAAACUCAUGGAAGGACAAGAUCACAGGAAACAAACUCAUGGAGGGACAAGAUCACAGGGAACAAACUCAUGGAGGGACAAGAUCACAGGAAACAAACUCAUGGAGGGACAAGAUCACAGGAAACAAACUCAUGGAGGGACAAGAUCACAGGAAACAAACUCAUGGAGGGACAAGAUCACAGGGAACAAACUCAUGGAGGGACAAGAUCACAGGUAACAAACUCAUGCAAGGACAAGAUCACAGGGAACAAACUCAUGGAGGGACAAGAUCACAGGAAACAAACUCAUGGAAGGACAAGAUCACAGGGAACAAACUCAUGGAGGGACAAGAUCACAGGGAACAAACUCAUGGAGGGACAAGAUCACAGGAAUCAAACUCAUGCAAGGACAAGAUCACAGGGAACAAACUCAUGGAGGGACAAGAUCACAGGAAACAAACUCAUGGAGGGACAAGAUCACAGGGAACAAACUCAUGGAGGGACAAGAUCACAGGAAACAAACUCAUGGAGGGACAAGAUCACAGGGAACAAACUCAUGGAGGGACAAGAUCACAGGAAACAAACUCAUGGAGGGACAAGAUCACAGGAAACAAACUCAUGGAGGGACAAGAUCACAGGAAACAAACUCAUGGAGGGACAAGAUCACAGGGAACAAACUCAUGGAGGGACAAGAUCACAGGAAACAAACUCAUGCAAGGACAAGAUCACAGGGAACAAACUCAUGGAGGGACAAGAUCACAGGAAACAAACUCAUGGAAGGACAAGAUCACAGGGAACAAACUCAUGGAGGGACAAGAUCACAGGAAACAAACUCAUGGAGGGACAAGAUCACAUGAAUCAAACUCAUGCAAGGACAAGAUCACAGGGAACAAACUCAUGGAAGGACAAGAUCACAGGAAACAAACUCAUGGAGGGACAAGAUCACAGGGAACAAACUCAUGGAGGGACAAGAUCACAGGAAACAAACUCAUGGAGGGACAAGAUCACAGGAAACAAACUCAUGGAGGGACAAGAUCACAGGAAACAAACUCAUGGAGGGACAAGAUCACAGGGAACAAACUCAUGGAGGGACAAGAUCACAGGAAACAAACUCAUGCAAGGACAAGAUCACAGGGAACAAACUCAUGGAGGGACAAGAUCACAGGAAACAAACUCAUGGAAGGACAAGAUCACAGGGAACAAACUCAUGGAGGGACAAGAUCACAGGGAACAAACUCAUGGAGGGACAAGAUCACAGGAAUCAAACUCAUGCAAGGACAAGAUCACAGGGAACAAACUCAUGGAGGGACAAGAUCACAGGAAACAAACUCAUGGAGGGACAAGAUCACGGGAAACAAACUCAUGGAGGGACAAGAUCACGGGAAACAAACUCAUGGAAGGACAAGAUCACAGGAAACAAACUCAUGGAGGGACAAGAUCACAGGAAUCAAACUCAUGCAAGGACAAGAUCACAGGGAACAAACUCAUGGAGGGACAAGAUCACAGGAAUCAAACUCAUGCAAGGACAAGAUCACACGGAACAAACUUACGGGGUGA